AUGGAGGGCAAGCACAAGACCCCAGUCCCGCCCAUCGAGCCGGCGACAUUCGACGACUUUUCAAAGUCCUUUUUUGCAUCGCUGGUGCAGUGCACCAAAGCCGCACAGUUCCUCAAGGCCGAGGAGCUGCCCUUCUACAAGGCCAACUCGAGCGAGUUUGCGACGUCGCUCGAGCACACCUCCGAGAGCGUUCUGUCGCUCUGCAACCGGCUGAUGCGCCAUGCCUCCAAGGGGUUCGGUGUCGACUCCUCCGGCAGCGACCUCGUUGGCGUUGGGUUCGAGGAUGUGGACGACAUGGUCGAUCGCUUCGACGCCGUCGUGGAUGUGGUCGACAAUCUGCUGGAGAAAGCCGACGUCUGCUUUGAUGAGGUCCUUGGCACAGCCGGGCAGCGAGGAGCCGCCAGCGUGCCCACACAGAGCUCGCCAAUGGUGGUGCAGAUGUCCGUGGGCGGAUCCAGGAACCAGAAGAAGGAUGUCACCGUCGUGCACGCCCAAAACAUUAUCCGGCCACAGCUCAAGUUCGAGGAUAAGAUCGACAACUCGAACCGGCCGUUUGUGCGCAAGCUCGCCGUCAAACACAAUGCGCUUCGGCCGCUGGACUAUGGGCUGUCGUCGUCGGGGCUCAUCUCGGAUGAGAUGGCGGCGCAUCUCAACCUGCCCCAUCCAUACCAGUACGAGAUCGAAAACAUCAGCUACCCCGAGCGCAUGUUCAAGCAGUCGCCCGAGAUUCUGUACUCGUCGCUGGACGAGACGCCGCUCACCUACAUCGACACCAAGGAGCAGCUGAUGGCGGCGCUUCCGAUCAUCGAGAGCGCGAGCGAGCUUGCCAUCGAUCUGGAGCACCACGACUACCGAUCCUUCCAGGGAUUUGUUUGUCUCAUGCAGAUCUCGACGCGGUCGGAGGACUUUAUCAUCGACACUCUUGCAGUCCGAAGCUACAUGCACCUUCUCAACCAGGCCCUCAGCGACCCUCAGAUCAUCAAGGUGUUCCACGGCGCCGAGUCUGAUAUCAUCUGGCUGCAGCGAGACUUUGGCGUCUACGUCGUGAAUAUGUUUGACACGUACCAUGCGUCGCAUCUGCUCGAGUGCAGUGCCCACAGUCUGGCGCACCUGCUCAAGACAUACUGUGACGUCGCAACGGACAAGAAAUACCAGCUGGCAGACUGGCGCAUCAGGCCCAUCCCAGCAGAGAUGCUCAAGUACGCGCGCAUCGACACACAUUACUUGCUGUACAUCUACGACCGGAUGCGCAACGAACUGAUCGAGCAAGGCAACCCAUCGACACACAACCUGAUGCACGCUGUCCUGCAGCGCUCCAAGGUGACCUCGCUCAACCUCUAUCAGAAGGAAAUUUACGACUUUGAAUCGGGUGAAGGACCUGGUGGCUGGCGCAAGCCCCUCGAGAGCUACGGAUUCAGCAUGAACGCCGAGCAGCUCGCAGUCUUCAAGGCCGUCCACGCAUGGCGAGACCACACCGCCCGCGAAGAGGACGAAUCGACCCGAUACGUGUGUCCGAUGCACAUGCUCUAUGCGAUCGCAGACCGCAUGCCCACGGACUCGGCGGGGGUGCUGUCGUGCUGCAACCCCGUCCCGCCGCUGGUGCGCAUGUACGCCAGCGACAUUGCACUGCUGAUCGAGCGCACACGCACCGAGGCG